GAGUCUGCAGGGCUAAGCGGAGCCUGAGCUGCAGCUGAAGGAAAAAGCCUGCUGGAGUUUGGACUGAAAGGAGCCGGGAAACUCACAGCUCUCUGUCCUUCUCUGUCCCUCUCUUGAGUGUGUUAGUGAGUGUGUGGCUCCUGCAACCUGUUGUCGUCUCAGAAAACUUUUGACUGCUUCGCUGCAAGGUUAUGGACUAUUAACAGGAGACUUUUUAAAACACCUUAACUUCACAACUAAGAGCAGUCUAAAUCGCCACCAACGCUCUCAAAUCACCCACCGCCUCAACACAAGCAACGACCAUGGGCAAACAGAACAGCAAGCUCCGUCCCGACGUGAUGCAGGACCUGAUGGACAACACGGACUUCACCGAGCAUGAGAUCACGGAGUGGUACAAGGGCUUCUUGAGGGACUGCCCCAGCGGUGCGCUCUCCAUGGAGGAGUUCAAGAAGAUCUACGCCAACUUCUUCCCAUACGGCGACGCCUCCAAGUUCGCCGAGCACGUCUUCCGCACGUUUGACGCCAACGGAGACGGGACUAUCGACUUCAGGGAGUUCAUCAUCGCCCUGAGUGUGACCUCACGUGGCCGCCUGGACCAGAAGCUGAAGUGGGCGUUUAGUAUGUACGACCUGGAUGGCAACGGGUACAUCAGCAAGGCAGAGAUGCUGGAGAUUGUAUCGGCCAUUUACAAGAUGGUGUCAUCUGUGAUGAAGAUGCCUGAGGAUGAGUCCACACCUGAGAAACGCACAGAUAAGAUCUUCAGGCAGAUGGACACAAAUCGAGAUGGUAAACUCUCCCUGGAGGAGUUUGUCGAGGGAGCGAAGAACGACCCCUCCAUCGUCCGGCUGCUUCAGUGCGACCCCAGCAGCGCUGGACAGUAGACGCCUGGACAUUUUUCCCCCCUGUUGCAGUUUGAUUUAAUUUAACAAGGUUUUCAGAAUCUCUCUUGGCUGAUCCACCUGAUAUCUUUGACAUUUGUUCACCUGAGCUAUAGAGGUGCAUGCAACGACACACACACGUACAGACACAUACACAACAUGCUACUGUACAUACAAAAUAAUACCAAAGCCCCCAAUGCGUAAAUAAUCUCUCAGAUGCUCACAUGCACAUACAGUACAUGCGCCUCUAUGCCCGGGCUGAAGCUCCAGUCAACACGAGUCUCCUGCGGUACAAAUAUAACUCAAAAGACUCCAAUCCCAUCAAAGACUUGUUCAACACUGAAUCAAAGCUGUGCUAACUCUGUCUGAGAAGACAGCCAGCGAGGAUAAUCCAACAUUCACGAGGUACGAUCGGUCCCCUCAGAUUUGAGCCGAGUCCAAGUUUGCUGUUUCUUUUUAUUUUUUUAUUUUUUGACAGCAUUGUUCCUGAGUGAAAGGGAAUUAUGCUCGUUUCAUUCUCUGUGUAACCGACUCACGUCUGUUCUGUGACGAUGGACAGAUCUUUACAAAGUAUUGCAGUCUUAACGGCGUGUUAACACUGGAUGAAAUGAAGUAUGUGAGUCUGGGACGGCCAGUGUUCACAGCUUGCAGUGUGGCUAUGUAGACAGGAGAUCUGGGAAAUGUAGUUUUUUUUAACAGAGAAGCUUUUUAGAUGGCAUGAACAAUGCUUUUUUUCCCCCUUUUUUUCUUCUUUUUUUAAUGUAUAUUUUGGAGGAAUGUUACAUCAAACCAAAAUGACUUUUUAAAUGAAGGGGAAUAUUUUGACUACAGAUUACACCAUCUGUUGUUAUUGAAAGUGACUUUUUAUGCCAAGUUCUGUAUCCACACACACACACACACACACACACACACACAAACAUACAUUCAAACACAUGCGCACACACACACUCCACAUAAACACCCACAUAUCUACACACACACUGAUGAAUACAUGAACUUGACAUAUGCAUGUAAACCGAGCUGUGAUUCUCUUUCUCCAAAUAUGAUUCAACAAAUGUAUAAGCAAAAAAAGAGAGAAAGUUAGAUGUUAUAUGAAUAUAUAGUAUGUACUUGUAUAUUCUUUUACUCUGUGAUAACAUUGUGGCCGUUCGCCGCAACGGAAGAAAUUCACUUUAAGAAUUUUGACGUAUAAAUUAUUGGAAAUGUGACAAUUUUAUUUUUCUUUUACUUGACAAUUAUGAUAUGAAAGAAAGUUGUACAGUAUAUUCACUCAUAUUUAUGAUAGAGAUGUUAAAAGAGGAGAGGACCACACGUAUUGCUAUGAACUCAGCUUUGAACAUUCACUUAUACAAUUAUUGUGUUUAGCUUCUUUUUUUCCCCCCUUUUUCAACAAGUGAGAAAAAUGGCUACACAGCUUCAUCCCCACUGACUUCGUGUUUCCCAGGAAGCCGCUUGUUUUUCCUGUACUGUCCGUCUGUGUGUUUACAGCCUCCAAAAUGGUGUACGCAUCAUUAAAGUACAAAAGUAACAUCUACAAAUCUUACCAUCUUUGGCAGAUGUCACACAUCUUGAAUAUGCACUCUUAGAAAAAACUUGUGUUGAUGGAAAUUACACAACUUUGACGCACAGUAUUGGAUAUUAAACUAACAGAACAAAAAUCUCUUAAAAAGCACUGACACUGGUAGUGAGUAACAGCAGCUUCCACCAAAACCCCACAGGGAUUUCACAGGAUUUACUGAUAGCUCUUUGCUGUUUCUAUCCUGCUUAUUUACCCUCACUGGUCUGAAAACAACACGAGACACAGUCAUUUUUACUGGUGGUUGAUUGAAUGUGACAACUGUGAUCAAUUUUUCUGAGCUUCUGCACAUUUCUUGUAAGUGAUAACUUCAGGUACUUCAGUCCCACAUUUCACUUCAAUAGCAUCUUGUGGUCAAGUGCCAAAUAUAGAUGAAUAAUUAAAAAAAGAAAAAGAAAACACAGUAUUGUAUCCAUUUAUACUGUACAGUUACCUGUCGAACAAAAAAAAGAAAAACUUUAUCACUAUCAUUUUGUAGAUUUUGUAUUGUUAACUUGCAUUAUGUGUUCUGUGUAGAAUGUCCAUUUUGUUAUUCAAAU